AUUUUUCGUAUUUAACGCAAAAUAUUUUGUUGUGCCAAUUAACAGCAGUUAAGCAAUGAUUAACAUAUUUGCGUGAAACGGAAAAAAACAUCGUAAUUAGCACUUUUUCUUUUUUCAAAUUCGUCAAAGAAAAAAUCGGUUAAAUACUGCUUCACACACACUCGGCCGCAUUCACGUAAGCAAUGAACACCAUGGGUAUAUCCACCGAUCCCACAUUGCUCAGCGUGGAAAUGCCUACAACGCUUAUGGAAUCACCUUCAGUGUCGACAUUUCUCCCAGAAGAAGAAUCUUCCAUCUGUCCGCUACUAUCCACCACAAAUGGCACUUCGACGCCGGUCACUUUCUCACAUCCGCUAACACCUUGCAUAGACAAUGACAGCACAGCCUCGGUCAAUUUGUGCAAUGACGAUGCUGACGCCAAGGUCGAGACAAGUUCAUCGGGCAGCAGCUCCGGCAUUGGCAUGGAUGCACCAGAUGCGGCGGAGACAACACUUUUUCACAAGUCAAAUGCCUAUCAACAUUUACAAGUCAACAAUGGAGGUGCAGGGCAGGACAACAAUGGACCGAACGGCACGCUCUCAAAAGAUACACCCUCCUUCGUUUCGUGGAACUGGCCGCUCAUACGAAAAUGCACCUUCUUCGUCUUCAUGUCCAGCUUAUUGGCUAUGUGCGCAGUAGUGGUGGCCAUGAUUGUUACAUUGCCGAAGACUUGCAACCCAAAAACAGCUUGGUAUCGCGGCAGCGUGUUUUACGAGAUAUUUCCCGCCAGUUUUCAGGACUCCAACAACGAUGGCAUCGGUGACUUGCAUGGCAUUUCCCAACGUGCCGACUACUUGGCCUCGCUGGGGGUGGCCGGCGUGCGCUUGAACUCCAUCUUUCCCUCAACGAAUUACCCGGAUGACUUCGAGCACCCAACCUCGGUCUUUGAGGUAGCCAGCGUCUUGGGUGGCGAUGCAGAAAUUCAACAACUGGCGGCAACAUUACACGAACACAAUAUCUCUUUGCUACUGGAUCUACCAAUUGGCGCGUUGAUUAGCAGGUUGGAUGACGCCACGACGACGGCACCCGCUAUAGUAACAGUGCUGCCAAUGCAAUCAAAUAAUGAAUCUGAAAAUACUGAUUCUAAAACAACAGCGAGCACAAAAACUGCAUCGCAAGUUCCCAUCUCAUCUGCUGGCAAUGCAAUUAGCGCUGCUAUACUAAAAUGGUUACACCUGGGCGUGGAUGGGUUUUAUCUCAAAGGUUUGGAGCAUUUCGCGCAUGACGACCGUUUACUGGCGAAUCUGCAUGAGUGGAAGCAGCUUGUCGGUCCCAAUCGCAUAUUAAUUGCGAAUGAAGCGCUAAUUGAGGAUUUGCAUCCGGCAUUGCAUUCGUUGGUCUUGCAACAUCUCGAUCUGGUCGAUGUACACUUGCAUGUGUUGAAUGGUACACUGAACUUAGAAAAACAUAUCAACAAAAUUCUGAAUGGUCCACUUGCACCCACCGAACAGGGUCCAUGGCUACAUUGGUCAAUUGGCGGUGUUGAUCAGCAGCGUUUUACCCGCAAUGGCCGAACAAAGAAUAUCACUUUGGCUGCAACGCUCAUGCAGCUCAUGCUGCCAGGUACGCCGAAUAUCUUCUACGGUGAUGAAAUUGCACUGGAGGCUAUCGCCGAUCCGCACAGUGAGCACAAUGACACCAAGCACUUGCACCAUCUAUCCACCAUGGAGUGGUUAAAUACGACAAAACAGUUUACGAAUCGUGAAACAUUGCCUUGGCUGCCACAUACGGCGCGCCACAGCCACGAUAACUUCCAAACUGUGGCGGACAUGAUUAAGUUACGUGAUCGAUCGCCUUCGUUGUAUAAGAAUGCCAUCUGUAAGCCGGAAAUGCCGCCGCUAUCCAACACAGAAAUACGUUCCAGCGGCAACGACAUCUUGGUGGUUGAACGGGUCUAUCCGCGUCGCAACUCAUUUGUUUCGGUGUCGAAUUUCGGUGAGAAGCGGGUGUCCUUGGAUAUGACCGCUAUGUACUUUAGUGGCGUAAAAAUGCUUGACGAGGAACAAGGUCAGAAAGUUUAUUUUUCAAACUUCGAGAUUGGGCCAUCUGAAACAAUUGUUGUCAAGCUGGAUAAGUAAGCAAUAGGGGACGGGCCACCAACUUGGAAUUGAAAAACUUGCGUAUGCCAAAGAGGAGAGAAUUUUAAAAUAGUUUUUCAGUUUGCGGUUUAUUACUUAUUGUAAAUAGUAAUUUAAAGAUUUUUUAUAUGUAGUUGUUUAUAUUUACUUUUAAAUAUGUACUUGCUCAAAAAGCGUUGAAUAAAGCAUUUGCGUUUUAAGGCUCCAACCAAUGGUAUGUUGCAGACACAACUCAAAA